GCCUCGCCCCUCUGCACCAUAAUUGCCGCCACCACCCCAGCCCGGCCGCCACCUGCCUGGGGAGACACUGCCACCCGACCCUGCCCAGAGCACCCACUCCUUCGCGACCACCAUGUCCCAGACCAGAACGCUGAAGGUCCGCCUGACACUCUUCUGCAUCCUGGUGGGCAUCGUGCUGGCCACGGUGGCCGUGGUGACCGACCACUGGGCCGUGCUGAGCCCCCAGGUGGAGCACCACAGCGCCGUCUGCGAGGCAGCCCACUUCGGCCUCUGGCGGAUUUGCACCAAGAGUAUCAUCGUGAGCGGCAGCAAGGACAAGAGCUGCGGACCCAUCACCCUGCCUGGGGAGAAAAACUGUUCCUACUUCCGGCAUUUCAACCCAGGCGAGAGCUCAGAGAUCUUUGAAUUCACCACUCAGAAAGAGUACAGCAUCUCGGCCGCCGCCAUCGCCAUCUUCAGCCUCGUCUUCAUCAUCAUGGGAACCAUCUGCGUGCUCCUGUCCUUCACCAAGAAGCGGGACUACCUGCUGAGGCCGGCAUCCAUGUUCUACGCCUUUGCAGGUCUCCUCCUUGUCCCUGCGGAAGCCCCAGCCAACAGUGGGCACAGGCCGGGUGGGGCCCUGAGCGUCCCCGCUCUGCCCUCAGGUCUCUGCAUCUUCGUCUCGGUGGAGGUCCUGCGGCAGUCGGUGAAGCGCAUGAUCGACAGCGAGGACACGGUCUGGAUCGAGUACUAUUACUCCUGGUCCUUCGCCUGCGCCUGCUCCGCCUUCGUCCUCCUCUUCCUGGGCGGCCUGGCCCUGCUGCUCUUCUCCCUGCCUCGCAUGCCCCAGAACCCCUGGGAGUCCUGCAUGGACUCGGAGCCUGAGCACUAGCCCUCCUGGGGUCCCAGCGACUCUCAGGGCUUUCCCCCCAGGAAGCCCAGCCCAGAACAUUCUAGAAAGGAGGCGGGAGCGUCACAUCUCUCCUGUUCCCACCUGACCCACACUGCUGCUGCGGCUUCCCCUCCCCUGGCGCCUCUCUGGGCUGCGACAGGCGCCUGGGGAGUCCAGCAAGUGGACACGAUCCAGACCUGCCCUCGGUGGGAAGGAGGCGGGCCCAGCAGGUGCACAGGUGUCUGCAAAGGCCCGACCUCCCGCUGGAGCUCGUAGUCAUCCCCACGGCGCCAGCUGUCUGAUAGGCUGGCUGCCGUUGUCCUGUGAGCCUGAUCAGGGACGCCCUGUGCUCAUUACCAGCUCGGGGUGUCCUCCGGGGCAAGCAGCCAGCCCCUCGGUCCUUGGCGACAAGACGCACUGUGUUUGGUGAGCUGACCCCGACCUCGCCUUCUCUGAGGCCGGAGAAGCAUCUUUAACUGGGUAUUUUCUGACUGUGGUUUGAAAUAAAAGUUCUUUGAAAACUUGC